UUGGCCACAAGAGACUGAGGAGCAAAGAGCAGUGGCUUCCCUGUUUCACCCUCCAGGCUUCCAGCAAAUUGGGAGCAGCAGAGCCAGAGCAGCACCCAGCCCACCAGCAGCUCCCCUGCGCUCCCCAGUCAUGGCCAGGCUGCUCUCUCCAAUGGCAGCCUGCCUGCUGUCCCUGGCUGUGAUUCUGCAUCACAGUCAUCAGAUAGGAGCCAAAGGAACAGCGGACCUAACAGACCCUCCUCAACCUACCACAGCAGCAACAGUCCCAUUGGGAGGGAAGCCUUCUCUUUUGCAGCCAAGGAGCAUGGCAUCCCCUCAAGGAGUUACCUCAACCUCCUCCUCUGACAGCCUGGCCACACAUAUGGCAAAAACUCCAGCCACAACCUUCCUUGUUACUAUCAAUGGGACCCCCUCCACAAGCCCUGUCACCCAGGUCCCUGUCACCUCCCUGGCCACAGCCAGCACCUCACACACGACCACCCAAGUCACUGAAGCCACCAUAGGCCCAGGGGUCACUUCCCAGGCAACCAGAACCACCCCACCUGUACCUACAACUGGAACCAACACCCCAGCCAGCAACCCCACAACUGGAGGAGCCCCCCAGCCCAGUAGUAGCCAGACACCCCUGUCAGCAGCUGUGUCCUCAUCCACCCCACCAAACACCAGCAUGUCUGGUCAGACAUCUGCUCAGCUCACUCAUGGGCCUGGUCCAACCACAGUGCCACACAACACCACCAAGACGCCCUCCACCAUGGCUCCAGGGCCCAGCCUUGUACCCAGACCCACAGCUGCCAAGACAGGCAUGUACCAGGUUCUCAAUGGGAGCAGGCUUUGCAUAAAAGCAGAGAUGGGAGUGCAACUGAUCGUCCAAGACAUGGAGUUGAUGUUUUCAUCCAAGAGCUACUUCAACGUAGACCCCAACGCAACCCAAGCCUCUGGGAACUGUGACUCUCGAAAAGCCAACCUUCUCCUGAAUUUCCCGGGUGGAUGUGUGAAUCUCACAUUUACCAAGGAUGAAAACUUGUAUUACAUCAGUGAAGUAGGAGCCUCUCUGAUCGUCUCUCAUCCAGAGAAAAAUUACCAUGGAAAGAAAAGUGCAGUGGUGAUGUUUGAGACAGUGGUCGGACAUUCCUUCAAGUGUGUGAGUGAGCAGAGCAUCCAGCUGUCCUCCCAGCUGCAGCUGCAGACAGUCAAUGUCCAGCUUCAAGCCUUUGACUUUGAAGGUGCCCACUUUGGAAAUGCGGACGAGUGCUUCAGUGACAGAAACAGGAGAGAGAUCCCUGUGGCCGUGGGCCUGAGUAUUGCAGGACUGCUUGGUGUUUUGCUAACAGCGUGCCUGGUGGCCAGAAUGAGGCCCCCUAGAGGAUAUGAACGCAUGUGAAGGCCCAGCGGCUUCAAAAGCUCAAGCCCUUGGGAAUCCUGGCCUCCUCAGCCCUCUGUGCAGGGACUGCCUUUUCUAGUCUCCUGUCCCACCUUCCCAGUCUGACUAGGAAAUCUAGCUUUCCACCGAAGAUAAGCAAGAAUGGAGCCCCCACCCCACUUUCUCAUGUGGAUUUGGGGAGACUAUACCUUGGGGCUGUGCAUUCCAUUUCCCCUACUCCCCUCCCUACUGCUACAGAACUGGUUACAAGAAUUAGGGGACAGGAGGCAGAGGCAUGAGUGGGGUGCUUGUGAGAGGGAGAAGGAAUAUAUCCAAAGGGAAAACUGGAGAAGGCAUUUUCAUUUCACAUUGGUUUUUCUUAAGCAUGUGUUAAGAGUUCAACACCCAGUGUUUUGUUAGUUUGUUUAUACUCUUUUAAAAACAAAUGCAUUUCAAAGGAGAGUCAAAGUGAUUUUAAAUUCCACAGUUUCAUCCACAUCCUGAUUUAUUUAAAAUUGUAUAAUAUGGCCUUAGUAUACUGCCAUCUUAAAAAGAGAUAUAUUAACACUGUUUUAAUAUAGUGAUAGAUUAAAAAAUAAAGAUUUGCCAACAUUUCACUUUUCAAAUGUACUGAGACAGACCAAAGAUCUUGACAAGAAAAAA